GAGUGAGUGAGAGAGAGAGAGAGACGUAGUGUAGAAAUACACAUUUUUCUUUAAAUUUUAUUUAGAAAUUCCAAAUAUAUAUUGAUUGAUUAUUGAACUGCUUGGCUGUACUGUUUAUUCUGACAAGUAAUGAAGUCAUGCACUUAAAAUUGAACUCAGCUCUUCAAACAAAAAUAAAUGAAAAAUCUCUGUUUUCAAGCUAAACUACACAAAUAUGUGUUAACUCUCUCUCUCUUCCUCUGCUUUGCCACCCCUACACUCCACACUUCACUCUACACAGUACACUAUAUUACAGAGAAGCUCUCUCUCUCUCUCUCUCUCUCUCUCUCUCUCUCUCUACUAUCUAGAUGCUCUGCACUAUCCUCUACUCCAUCAAAGCCGUGACCUGUAUUUUUUACACAAAUCUUAGCCAAGCAACAGCCAACACUAUCCUCCACAAAACCUUUUACCAUUAUUUCCCAUUUUUGCCAUUUUCGCUUUCUUUCAAAGAAAGCAUAUUUAUUUUCCCUCAAACCCCAGAAAAAUCGACCCCCAAGUUUUUCUCAAUAUAUUUUGGGUUCUCUGUGUUUCACUUUCACAUCACAUGCAUUGGAGUUUGUUAGGGUCAGUCAAUGAGUUGGGGUGCCUGUGAUUGUGAAUGGGGUGUAUGUUUUCUCACUUAGCGGCUAAAUUUGCCUUCUUUCCUCCGUCUCCGCCAACUUACGGCGUUAAAAAGAGAGAAGAUGGUAAGCUAACGGUGGUCUCGACGACGGCUGCGCCGCCGUCAAUGGCCAUUUCGUGCUCGGACGACGACAACUCAUUUGACGUUCUAAUGAUUGAUACGAAACGCGGCAACAAGAUUGUCGCUUUCUAUCUGAGGAACCCUUAUGCUCGUCUCACUCUGCUUUACUCUCAUGGCAAUGCUGCUGACCUUGGUCAACUCUAUGAUCUCUUUGUUCAGCUCAAGGUUAAUCUCAGAGUUAAUCUUAUGGGAUAUGACUAUUCUGGAUAUGGAGCCUCCACCGGCAAGCCUAGUGAAUCAAAUACUUACUCUGACAUUGAGGCAGUAUACGAAUGCCUUCAGACUCAAUAUGGUGUCAGCCAGGAAGAUUUGAUCUUGUAUGGACAGUCAGUUGGAAGUGGGCCAACAUUGCAUUUGGCAGCUAAGUUGCCUAGACUAAGAGGUGUUGUUUUGCAUAGUGCAAUUCUGUCUGGUCUUCGUGUUCUCUGUCAUGUGAAUUUCACAUUCUGCUUUGACAUUUAUAAGAAUAUCAACAAAAUCCGGAAGGUGAAAUGCCCCGUGUUGGUGAUACAUGGUACAGAAGAUGACGUUGUGAAUUGGUUACACGGUGAUGGACUAUGGAAAAUGGCAAAGGAUCCAUAUGAUCCACUAUGGAUAAAAGGAGGUGGACACUGCAAUUUGGAGCUCUACCCUGAUUAUAUACGACAUCUUUGCAAGUUCAUCCAAGAAAUGGAAAACAUCACCACAGAGAUUCGUCUGAAAAAGAUACGACAAACACUAAAAUUGCACAAGAGAUCUAGCUCUACCUCUGUCUCUACCUCAAGUAUGUGCUGCGAAAUCAAAUGCUGUCAACCCAAAUUUCCCAAAUGUUCAAUUCCUAAAUGCAGCACAUGCUGCUGGUGGCCCAAAUGUCCUGCGUGUUUUAGACCCAACUGUGGAUACUGUUGCUGCUUCAGACCGAAAUGUCUGAAAUGUUCGUGUUGCUGCAGGAGACCAAAAUGCCCGAAAUGUUCGUGUUCAAAGUGUUCAGGAUCCUGCUGCUGUUGCAUGCCGUGCUUGCAAUGGCGAUGGUGUGGCGGUGGAGAACAUAGUAGUGGGAUGAAUGGAAAGCACGAGGGCUAAUGAUUGAUAAACGAGCCCGUGUAUAGAUUGGCGGAACUUGCUAACACCCUUUUCUAAUCUUUGUGCAGUUGUGUUGGAAAGCAAGAGGAAUUAGUUGGCUGAAUAAUUUUCUUGAUUAUGGUAUAAUUGAAUAUUCAACUUUGGUAUUAUUCUCUUUAUUCUAUUCGUUUUGAGAACCUCUCAAUUUACAUAUGCUCUCAACAUUUUUCACUUUGAAGUUGAAAGAUAUUUACACUUAAAUUAUAUAAUUCAUUUCAUUUCGAAGUUGGAAGA